CAUGACGGCCUAGCUGAAUAACAAAGUUCGGUUUUAAGUGGGAAUUCAUGAAUAAUCAGAUGGUCACCAUCCUGCAAGUCGAUUAGCCAAGAGUUUACUUUACUCUGCUCUCCAUAUUCCGCGAGAAAAGUUUCUUCUACAGUGACCACACCACGAAAUGAGGCUCAUUGGCAGGGUGGUUAGCUUGAUCUGUCUGGGAAGUUUCCAAAGGAGACCAUGGCAAUGGAUGCUUACUUCUUCUAUAGCAGGUGCUAUGGUCUAUGCGCUAAUCAGAGGACACUGCUCUCCAAAAACCACCCGGCCUGUAUCAAACGAAGAAGGUAAGGCACUGGAGAUCAGAUCGGAAACACUAACGGUUAGCACGACGAUGAAUGGAAACGCCUCGAGUGAAACAACUCUGCCAACCACGAUUGCUCGUCAUCGUAUAAAGGCUAUUGCUGAAGAGAGAGCUUCAAAAAGAGUCAAUGCGACUUCCCAAGUACUGGGAUAUCUCAGAAUUGCGGACAAUGAUGUUGAUGUUUGGGAUAAUUUACAUCAGUACAAAUUCUUGAUGAACUCCGACAACUGUAAGGGAUGGGCCUCCAUAGUGGUGAUGGUGCAUACUGCCCUGCACAACGUCAAGAAGCGACAGAAAAUCAGGAACACCACCAGUGUAUGUGACACUAAACAUGGAUCAGUUCUGACUGUUGUUUUCUUAGUGGGGCAAACUAACAAUGCUCCAUUACAGACAGAAGUUGCAAAAGAAUCACAGAAAUAUCAAGACAUGGUGCAAGGGAACUUCAUAGAUUCUUACCACAAUCUGACCCAUAAACACAUUAUGGGCUAUCAUUGGGUUCUCACUCACUGCCAAAAUGUAAAGUACGUCAUCAAAAUGGACGAUGAUGUCGUUAUUCAUCUUGCAAACGUGUUGAGGUACCUGUUCUCGAACCCUGUCCCUGAGGGGCAUAUUAUGUGCUUCGUUGUACCUGGGAGCGGGAAGCGAGUAACCGGAAAGUGGGCCGUUUCCAAAAAGGAGUAUCCCUUCUUCAAGUACCCUCCAUAUUGUGCAGGAUUUGCCUACAUGACAACGCUGUCAGUUAUCAGGAAUCUACACACAGCUUCCACUUACAUUAAGUCAAUAUGGAUUGAUGAUGUGUAUGCUACCGGAAUUCUAGCACUUGCAUCCAAAACUAACCUGAUAAAGUUUCCAAAAGGACAAUAUUUUAAUGGGUUGUCUAAACCACCCGGACGUUAUAAAACAGAAGGGAUGUUCGUACUGCACCGUGAUUAACUGGGAUAUUGGUAGCAUAAGGAGACCUAUGUACAGAAAAUAGCAUGUCGGUCUGCAGGUAAUGCUGGUCGGUCUAGAGGGGAUGCUGCUAGAAUAAGGAGGGUUAUGUACAGAAGGGACGUGUGUGUCUGCAGGUUAUGCUGUUAGCAUAAGGAGUAAUAUGUACAGGAGGUGGGCGUGUCAGCAUGCAGUUGCUGUUGCCAGCAUAAAGAGAGUUGUGUUCAGAUAGGGGGCGUUUCAAUCUGCAGGUGGUUUUGCUUGGAGAGUUGUGUAUUGAAAGAGGCUUGUCGGUUUGGAGAUGAUGUUGCCAGCCUAAGGAGUGUUAUGUACGUGUUUCGCUGUAGUCCUCACCAUUAUCGGAGUUAUAAUUGACCUUUUCCUUUUCCUGUUUGUUAUGAAACUUCUGAAACUGAGGUUUAUAGUUAAAAGAUGAGGAAUGGUUUGCUAAAGUUUCACCACUUUUGUUGGCAAUUUCACAUUUAGUUGUUAAUAGUGUAUUACCACCUUUGCGAUGGUGACUCCAGAUUUUGAUUCAUUGCCCUAUAUCUUUUGAAUCAUGUUCCACACCUUUGACAUGGGUAUGCGAGAAUUGAUUUUUUUAUGGGUAGUUCCUCAAGGAUUGAAUUUUGUUUCGUUUAAAAGUGCGUCUCACCUUGGCGCUUAUCAUUUUAACGUUAUUCAGGUUAUGGAAGGUAGCAUGCAGGCAGAAAUAUUUCUCAGCUUUAUAUUCUCCUAUUUUUCUAGCUUGUUUACAAUCAUCAUCAAGCCAUGGUUAACGUAUGGUUUGCAGAGGACUUAGGAAUGCUUUGUUGUUAGUAUUGAUGGAUAAUGGUCACUUCCACAAAUGUUAUUUUGACCGGCCAUUCAAACUCGCUCAAAAUAUUUGAAUCUGUAAGUGAAAGAUCAAGAGUAUGUUCCUGUGGCAGAAUGUAGAUACAUCAUUGAAGAUGCAUAAAUCAUGCUUCGGGAGCUGACCAUACAGUCUGAAUGUCUGAUUGGCGGACAGUUGAAGAAGGAAAACGAUAUAGUGAACAUAAUUGUUUAACGGACAGCAACAGUUUGAAGAGUAUUGUUGAGUGGGCUAUGGAUUAUUCCCUGCUUGACCAGGAAAGAAGAACCUCUUGUAACUCUAUCACCAGGAUGAGAAAAUGAGUGGCAACUGUACUGGCGAAUGUCAAAUUGAUCUGUGUUUUGUACAUAAGUUUUCUUGGAGAUAAAAAGCCGAUGGU